AUGUCGGACGAGACGAUUUGGAGCGAUCAGUCUUCGGAGCAAGUUUCAAAUCCUGCGCCGAUCUUGGAGACUUCGUUAAUGGCAACUGCAGAGGAUCAUGUUAUUGUGAAACUUCUUACAGGCAACAACGUUACAUCCAGUUCUUCGAAUAGUAGCGAAGUACUGGCUAAGCUCUUAUCAGGGAGCGUACACUCGUCUUCACCUUCUGCCGUGACAGUCGGAACUACUUUCAUGUGGAGCAGUGUGCAGUCUCCGGGCCUGCGUAAAAUUGAGCCAAAGCCAACAGAUUCUGGAAAUGAGGGUGAAAAAAUUGAAGUUGAAAAUGAAUCGAAUCCGCCAGGAAGGUAUAAGUGUAAUUUAAAUUUCUGUAGUGAUAAAGCAAUGUAAAGAUUUUUACACUUUGAGCAAUUUUCAGCGCAAUGAUUUGAGUGAUUAAACAUUGUAUUAGUUUUUCUGUGCCUCUCUAUCACUAGAGAAGUCAUGUGGCACCCUCUGUAACAGGUUAGCUCUCUUGUGGGGUCCAAAGGCAGCAGGGCUAAGAAAGAGCUUUUGAUCAUGCUCCUUAAAUUUGAAUUCCACCCCUGUUGAUAGAUUCUCAGAUGUUGAACUGUUUGGAAAGCUGCAAUCAGUAUCAAAAUUAGUUGAUGUUCUGUGUGAAGAGUUCUUUUUUUGUGUAGAAUGACAUUAUUGUUUGCACCAUGCUAUAAAUCAUUGACAAGACCCCUCUUCCCCAUUCUAUGUAGCCUGUUUGUUGUUAGAAGAUCACAGACUUGCUCUGGGGGAAGGGGGUGAAUGUGUUAAUUUAAAAUUUCAUAAGGAAAAGAGGGGAUUGAAGAGGUCAACAUGUCAAUGCUUUUGUCACCUAUUGUAGAAACCAAUUAUUUGUGGUACAUGUGCACACAGUAAUAUUUUUGUAAUAUAGUAUUGGAUGUAUUGUUAUAAAGAAUCCUAUGUUCUUAUUUUUAGACUUCUGGGUAUUAAUGCCACAAGGAGAGGAGUCAAGACAUGCCCUAUCUGCAUGAAGAAGAUUGGUUACCGUUCUAAGCAGUGCAAAUUUUGUAGCCCUGGAAAGCCUAGAAAGAGAUCAAGAAAAUCUAAACAAAGUAAAGAAUCUAAUCAUUAUGAUGAUGGAAGGGGUACAACUUGUGUUGAAUUGGAUGUUGUGGUGAUUGAUGGUGAAACUGAGGUGGCAACUUCAGAGAUCUCAAGCACUGUUCCAGAAGUUGUUGCAAAGGAGGAGGUGGAAGAUUCUGGAACAGAUACAACAAUAAGUUUUGGACAAGAAACUCAGGAAGAUGAUGUAGUUACUGGUGAUGCUGUAACAACAGAAGGAGUGGUAGGAAAAAAGAGCUAUCAUACCAGUCUGCAAGAUUUGAUCCAAACUCUUCUUGUGCAAAAUCAAAACAGUAGUGUAUUCAUACCACCCAGUGAGCGGGUAGAGACAGAUAAAUUGAAUAUGGCACAGCCAAACUCUGAUCAACAACAGCAACAAGGUGGCAAUGAGGAGAUAGAGCAAGAGCAGGAACAAAUACAAAUGGCAGGUGCUGCUGUAGGCACCCCAGAGAAUUCUUAUGAUGCAAAUUCAGUUGCACUUUUUCUUGGACAUUUGGCUCAACAGAAUGGGAAGAAAAUACGGACUGCACUGAAUCCUGUGAUUGACAAUACUAGGUCUAGCACGGGUACAUCAAGUCUGAUUGGAGUCAAAACAAAACACAUUGUUAUAGAAGACGAUCUGUCGAGCCAGGCAAAGUACCGCAAAAUACGUCCAAAGUCAAUUGAUGAUGGCACUGCAGUGGUGGAAAUUCGGUCAAGUGUGGCAUCAACUGUUGAGGAAGACAUGGCUGAUAAUGUUGCAGAGUCCAGACCAACAGAAUCUCAGUUAAGGUACUCACAGCUGGUUGUAAGAUUUUUAGUUUUUUGUGAAUUUGAAACCUCUAACUCCCAAGAUCUGCUUGUUAAUUCUCCCCUAUAGCUGCUACACAUUCCUUGUCAAUUAGUUUCAAGAAUUUGGUCUGGGAUCAAGAUACCAACUGGUAACUGAUAAGUUUGAGUAUUCUCAUUACCUGUUGGCAGGUUAUGAGAACAGACAAGCUGAUCAGUGAGAGGGUGUUGUUUUAAAAUAAGCCCUAACUCUCCUGUCUAAUUUACAAGGAAAAGUAUGGCAAUAAGUAGGGAGAAUAACUAAUUGGAUGUUGGGUUAAAUGAGGUUUAAGAACCUGUUUCUAUUACCUCAGCCUUUGUUAAAAUAGAACCAUAGAGUUACACAUUUGAAUAAUCCUAAUGAUACAAAGACGGCCAAAGAUUGGAAAGAUUAAAGUGGGUUGUAAUGCUGCUCUAAAAAUCAUUAUGUAGCUCCUUAACACCCUAACAUCAUUAGGCAUUAUUCUCAAACUGCUCUCUACACAUUUUCCAAGGUGCCGACUUGCAGAAUUUGCUUAAUGAUCAAGAGCUUCUUUAGUUUGUGAUCGUUUUCUGUAAUCUCAUGACCUUAGUGUAUAGUUCAUGGGUGAUAUUGUGAGGGGGAAUUAGAUGCUUAUUACUCUCAAGGGUUAAAGGGUAAAGGGCUUCUUUUAAGAACUUUUCAUUUACUUCCAGAAUGCUUCCUGGAAAUGCAACUCGAAGAGGAGUGAUGCCUUGUCAAAAGUGCCAAUGUUUAAUUGGCUGCCGUUCAAAAGUGUGCAAGCAUUGCAAGUCUUUGUUGAACGAGUCCAAUCCUCCAUUCAAGAGAAACAAGAAGCAACAGCGCCAAGCAGUUCAGCUUCAAAUCCCAUCAAACUCAACAGUGAUGGUUUUCUCUGUAAGAAGAAGUAAAGUAGGACCAGAUCACAGGUGUUUUGUUUGGUGUGAGCGCAACUUCCCAGAUAACAGAAUGAGAGAUGUUUACUCAUGUGACUAUCCUCCUUGUGUGACUGCGAGGGAAUUGGGCAGCAAAGCUCCUUCCUUUCUGUGUGAACAUGCCAAGGUUUGCCGUAGCCAGGGAUCAAUAAACAAUUCCAGAGCCCUUUAUCUUGAUCAAGAAAAACUAUCUGGUGAAUUUUUUAGUGGAGAGGUUUCCAACUCAUUAAAAGAUCUAAACUUGAGGUGCGAUAGCAAAAAUGUGGCUCUUGUGCAGUGCGUGUCAGAACGAACUUUUGUCGUGGUUGAUCAGCUGCACUUUGAGCAGGGUGGUAGCCUGGCUCCAGAUCUUAUUGGGUUUGUUCAUGUGCGAUUUGAAAGGACAAAAGCGAAUGGUGGUUUGCGAAUUGAAGUGUUCUGUUCUGGAAGGCCAUGUAUGGCUUGGAAUCCUGUCUUCAGUUGUACAGUCAACAAAGGAAGUUCUCUACCAGUGUUGCGAUCUCUAAACUGCGUUCACUACUCUGCAUGUCUCUGGGCAAUAGCAUCUGAUGUAGAACUUGCACAGGAAUUUAAACUCUUCCUUGAUAAUGCUAAAAUGAAAGUCAACAAUACUGAAGAGGAUUGAAUCUAUGAAAAGAGCUCUGAACUUGUCCAAUAGUGCUCAAAGCUGUUACCAAUAGUAUGUAACUGCAGAUGUUAUCGUAUGAUAAUUUGAGUUAUACUUACAUUUUGAUUGGAUCUUACCCAUGAUCUAUUGGAUGGAUGAUGUCACUAUGAACAACUAAAACAUCAGGGCCACACUUAGCUGCUCGUGUUUUAUUAUUUUUUUGUUCUUACCAUAUGUUGACAUCAUCUGUAAUCUACAACUGAACAGACCAGCAGGAGCAUGGAAUCUUGGUUACUUAGAUCUAAUACAGUAUUUAAAGAGCCUGGAUUUUAUUCAAAAUUUAUCUAGAGGUCUUGGUUGUUUUGUAAUGCAAGAUGUUGCAUUUCCAUCUUACCUUGUUGAUUAUGAAGGAGAAAAUCACUUAUCAGAAUUAGGAGCAUUGUAUUUAUGUCAAAUUUACCUUUCCUGGUGGUUAGUGAAACCUGCUGUUCUGUAUUUGCACAAACUGAGCAAACAUCCCAGACGAAGUGGAAUUAAAAAUAUUAAUCUGCUUUUGCUAUUCAAGGUAAUUUUGUACCAUUUGUACUUUCCUCAAAUACUUGUUGUUGAUAGUUGUUUUUUUUAGUUUUGUUUUUAGUUGAGAUGCUGAUAGACAGUUCUACUGUUUUUAGUAGACAGUGACAGUAAUGUAACAAAAUUAGUGUCCAUAAGUAUUAGAUGACUAACUGAAAAGGAUUUUAUUCUCUAAAUUGUUAGGUAUCAACCUUAGUUUGGUUUAUUGUCGUGAAUUUACUGAUAACUUAACACACAUUGUCAAAAAUCCUGGCAUUAAAAUGUAUACAUGUUAUGUGUCUAUCAUUUUGAAGCUUCAACAUUCUUCCCCCCCUUCUUGAACUUUUGGAGAUUGGUUUGAUCAUAUUUCAAAUUCUUCUCAUUGACCAUGCUUUAGAACCUAAAUUCCCCACUGCUCUGGGCACAAAUGACAAACAAAUAUCUGUGCAUUGCCAAGGGGAGGGAGGAUGAUUAUAUUGAAGCUUUGAAUUGAUCAUCACAUUAUUCAAUGGUGUAACAUAAUUUGUAAUCAUAUUUUUCUAGUUGUGUUGUGUUUGCACCAGGAGCAAAAUGUCUUUUAGUGUUGUAUGUUAAACCAUCAAAUAAGGCAUUUAGUAUUCCACUUUUAUGUUCACUAUAUUAUUUUAUAGUGAUUUGGCUUUUAGUUUUUUUAAAUACAUCGCACAGCCUUAUCUGAGCAUCGCACUGAUUGCAUAGGGCCCAACAACUUCAUGAACAAAUUAAAAAAAAAAAACAAUUCAUGCCCUUUAAAGUUAAUUGCUUAAAAGGCAAAUCCUAGAGAACAGGGCUGGGUUGUUCAAAGGUGGGUUAAGAUAACCCAGGGUUAAAGUGAAAUUUGACUUCAGAUCUGAUAGCUUAAGAAGAAAAUUCAGUUUUACUCCAUUUGUCUAUAAUUUUAUGAUUGAAUGUUCUAAAAAGAAUUGGGAAAAUUACCCCUGAACAGCUUUUGAAUGGAGAAAUACAGAAACCCUGGAUUAAAAUUUUAACCCCUGGGUUAGUGCGAAUCAGCCUUUGAACAACUGGGCCCAGAAGAUAAUCAAAGUUUGGAUUGUUCAUGGCUACCAUUUUGUUUCUCCACUUUCCAUCCAUAUUUUGCGCUGUUCUACAGUGUAAUUAUAUUUCAUAUUUCACCCAUUCCAUUACUCUAAUAUGUUAAAGUGGCAUGAAAUGGAAUAAUAGUCAGUAGUAUGCAGUUGUAAGAUUUCUCUGUAUAAAUUAAG